AUGAUAAAAAGAGUAUGGUCGUUUGUGAUAAAAGUAUAGAAUAUAAAAAGACUGUUAUUCAACAAAUGUAUGGAUACUUUGGAAGCUAAAUUAAAUAAUGUAAUGAGUUUUAUAAAAGUCGCUUAACUAAUUGAAGAAAUCAAAAGUAGAAGGUAGAAUCAGUGCAAUGAGCUAUAAUGA